AUGUCGAUGCGCCGCCUGGGCGCUUCGGAUUUUCGCGGAGUCCGCGAGCGCCGCUCCGGCGCCUUCUCCUCCAAAAUCUGGUUUGGCGAAAAACGCCUCAGUCCUGGCACCUUCGACACCGCAGAGGAGGCGGCCCGCGCGUACGACGCGGCGGCGUGGCGCCUCCGACGGCCUCGUCGGGAGAUGAAUUUUCCUGACGUGUCGACGAGCCAGCAGGCGCAGGAUCUCGCGCCUCUCCCGCGGCUUUUCACCGACGAGGAUCGUCGUGACAACCUGAGGCGGCAGCGUCGCCUCGCCAUCGCAGAGAUGAACGAGGAAGCCUUGGCGAUGUGGCGCGAACGCUUCCCGCAGGACAUCGUCAACGAGCGCUAG